CGGCGGCAGCACCGACACCGCCAGCACCUGGCAGUCUUGGUGGGGAGAAGGCGGCUGCUAGUGCUUGCAGUCCCAAAGGUUUUCCCAUUUGGAUUUGUGCAUCUCACGGCCUCCUUAAAUAAAACCCUGUCCUCCUUUGCUGGGGCGCCCACGGGUGGUCUGAUAGAUGACAUCUCGGCAUGAGAUGAACCUGUGACAGGUUUGAAAACACAAUGGCAGGAAACAGCCUCGUUCUACCCAUCGUUCUUUGGGGUCGCAAAGCACCAACACAUUGUAUCUCAGCAGUACUUUUAACAGAUGACGGGGGCACGAUUGUAACAGGAUGCCACGAUGGACAGAUAUGUCUCUGGGAUCUGUCAGUAAGACUGGAAGUUAAUCCUCGCGCACUGUUAUUUGGUCACACAGCUUCAAUCACUUGUUUAUCUAAAGCUUGUGCUUCUAGUGACAAACAGUAUAUUGUGAGUGCAUCUGAGAGUGGAGAGAUGUGCCUCUGGGAUGUUAAUGAUGGCAGAUGUAUUGAAUUUACAAAAUUAGCUUGCACACAUACUGGCAUACAGUUCUACCAAUUCUCUGUUGGAAGUCAGAGAGAAGGAAGGCUUCUGUGCCAUGGACAUUACCCUGAAAUCCUCGUUGUAGAUGCUACCAGCCUUGAAGUGCUCUACUCUUUAGUAUCAAAGAUAUCCCCGGACUGGAUCAGCUCCAUGAGUAUCAUUCGAUCCCAUCGAACGCAAGAGGACACUGUCGUAGCACUGUCAGCGACAGGCAUCUUAAAGGUGUGGAUCGUCGCCUCUGAAAUAAGCGGCACUCAGGAUACUGAGCCAAUAUUUGAGGAAGAAUCCAAACCAAUUUAUUGCCAGAAUUGCCAAAGCAUCUCUUUUUGUGGAUUCACACAAAGGUCACUUUUGGUGGUGUGUUCCAAAUAUUGGAGGGUAUUUGAUGCUGGAGACUAUUCCUUGUUGUGUUCGGGUCCUAGUGAAAAUGGACAGACAUGGACUGGAGGGGACUUUGUGUCAGCAGAUAAAGUGAUCAUUUGGACUGAAAAUGGACAAAGUUAUAUUUACAAGCUACCUGCCAGUUGCCUUCCAGCGAGUGAUUCAUUCCGCAGUGACGUGGGAAAGGCAGUUGAAAAUUUAAUCCCCCCGGUACAAUAUAGCCUGUUGGCUCGAAAAGAUAAAGAGUUGCUAAUUUGUCCUCCCGUUACUCGGUUCUUCUAUGGAUGCAAGGAAUAUUCUCAUAAAUUAUUAAUUCAGGGCGAUUCUUCUGGAAGAUUGAAUAUUUGGGACAUAUCAGACACACCUGAUACACAGGGAGGUGAUGAAGAGUUGAAAAUGACAACUUCUAUUAGUUUACAAGAGGCAUUUGAUAAACUGAUUCCUCGUCCUGCUGGAAUUAUAGAUCAGUUGAGUGUGAUUCCCAACAGCAGUGAACCUCUUAAAGUAACCGCAAGUGUGUACAUACCAGCACACGGAAGACUUGUUUGUGGCCGUGAGGAUGGAAGCAUAGUUAUUGUACCUGCCACGCAGACGGCCAUAGUACAGCUGUUGCAAGGGGAACACAUGCUCAGAAGAGGUUGGCCACCUCACAGAACGCUCCGUGGUCAUCGGAACAAAGUCACGUGUUUGCUGUAUCCUCAUCAGGUCUCCCCUCGGUAUGAUCAAAGAUAUCUGAUAUCUGGAGGUGUGGAUUUUUCGGUCAUAAUUUGGGACAUAUUUUCUGGAGAAAUGAAACACAUCUUCUGUGUUCAUGGUGGCGAGAUUACUCAACUUCUAGUUCCACCUGAAAACUGUAGUGCAAGAGUGCAGCACUGUAUCUGCUCGGUAGCCAGUGACCACUCCGUAGGACUUCUAAGUUUGCGGGAGAAAAAGUGCAUCAUGUUGGCAUCUCGCCACCUCUUCCCUAUUCACGUGAUCAAAUGGAGGCCCUCCGAUGACUACCUGGUAGUGGGGUGUUCAGACGGCUCUGUGUACGUCUGGCAAAUGGAUACCGGAGCGUUGGAUCGCUGCGUGAUGGGGAUCACAGCGGUGGAGAUCCUGAAUGCUUGUGAUGAAGCCGUUCCUGCUGCUGUUGAUUCCCUCAGUCAUCCAGCAAUCAACCUAAAACAAGCCAUGACGAGACGCAGUCUUGCUGCCCUUAAAAACGUGGCCCACCAUAAGCUACAAACCCUCGCAACUAACCUAUUGGCAUCUGAAGCAUCGGACAAGGGGAAUUUACCUAAAUAUUCUCAUAACUCCCUGAUGGUUCAAGCAAUAAAGACAAACCUAACAGACCCGGACAUCCACGUGCUCUUCUUUGAUGUGGAAGCGUUGAUUAUUCAACUCCUGACUGAGGAAGCCUCUAGGCCGAAUACUGCGCUUAUUUCCCCGGAGAAUUUGCAAAAAGCAUCUGGCAGUUCAGACAAAGGGGGCUCUUUUCUAACUGGAAAGCGAGCCGCAGUUCUCUUCCAACAAGUGAAAGAAACCAUCAAAGAGAACAUAAAGGAGCACCUCCUGGACGAUGAGGAGGAGGACGAGGAGACCAUGAGGCAGCGGAGGGAAGAGAGCGACCCCGAGUAUCGGGCCAGCAAGUCCAAGCCGCUGACCCUGUUAGAAUACAAUUUAACUAUGGACACCGCCAAGUUAUUCAUGUCCUGCCUUCAUGCCUGGGGUUUGAAUGAAGUCCUGGAUGAAGUCUGCCUUGAUCGCCUGGGGAUGCUGAAGCCCCACUGCACAGUGUCGUUUGGGCUCUUAUCGAGAGGAGGCCAUAUGUCGCUGAUGCUUCCUGGUCACAAUCAACCCUCUAGUAAACUGUCACAAGGGAGAACGGAAGUAGGGAGGAAGCAGCCAGCCACUGAAGGAACGGAAAAGGGAACUUACGGAGUGUCCCGGGCCGUCACCACUCAGCAUCUCCUGUCGAUCAUUUCCUUGGCCAAUACCUUAAUGAGUAUGACCAAUGCGACGUUCAUUGGUGAUCAUAUGAAGAAGGGCCCUACCAGGCCACCUAGACCAAGCACCCCAGACCUUUCUAAGACAAGGGGUUCCCCUCCGACUUCCAGUAAUAUUGUGCAAGGACAGAUAAAACAAGGAUGGAGUCAGCUGGCGGCUAUGCACUGCGUUAUGCUGCCGGACCUGCUGGGCCUGGAUAGAUUUAGGCCUCCACUUCUAGAGAUGCUCGCCCGAAGAUGGCAAGAUCGAUGCUUGGAGGUGAGAGAAGCCGCACAGGCCCUGCUACUAGCGGAACUGAGAAGAAUUGAGCAGGCCGGACGGAAGGAAGCCAUCGACGCCUGGGCUCCUUAUUUACCCCAGUACAUGGACCACGUCAUAUCACCUGGAGUCACAGCAGAAGCCAUGCAGACUAUCACCACCACUUCGGAGGCCUCUGGGCCUGAAGCCAAAGUCCAGGAGGAAGAGCAUGACCUUGCUGACGACGACAUCACCACCGGUUGCUUAUCAAGUGUCCCACAAAUGAAAAAAAUUUCCACAUCUUAUGAAGAAAGACGGAAGCAAGCGACUGCAAUUGUUUUGCUCGGAGUGAUAGGAGCUGAAUUCGGUGCUGAAAUUGAGCCUCCCAAACUAUUGACCAGACCUCGAAGCUCCAGCCAGAUUCCUGAAGGAUUUGGUCUGACCAGCGGAGGAUCCAACUACUCACUGGCUAGACACACUUGCAAGGCACUGACGUUUCUUCUGCUGCAGCCGCCAAGCCCCAAGCUUCCCGCACACAGCACAAUCAGAAGGACAGCCAUCGACCUGAUCGGGCGAGGUUUCACCGUUUGGGAGCCGUACAUGGACGUGUCUGCCGUUCUGAUGGGGCUUCUCGAACUUUGUGCUGAUGCUGAGAAACAGCUUGCCAACAUCACAAUGGGGCUGCCUCUGAACCCGGCAGCUGACUCCGCCCGCUCAGCCAGGCAUGCCCUCUCCCUCAUUGCCACUGCCAGACCACCCGCCUUCAUCACCACUAUAGCCAAAGAGGUGCACAGACACACAGCGCUCGCAGCGAAUACCCAGUCGCAGCAGAACAUACACACCACAACUCUGGCACGCGCCAAGGGGGAGAUCCUGAGAGUCAUUGAGAUUCUGAUCGAAAAGAUGCCCACAGAUGUCGUGGAUCUUCUUGUGGAGGUUAUGGACAUCAUUAUGUACUGCCUUGAAGGAUCUUUAGUUAAAAAGAAAGGUCUUCAGGAAUGUUUCCCAGCCAUCUGCAGGUUCUACAUGGUCAGCUAUUAUGAGCGGAAUCACAGAAUAGCAGUGGGAGCUCGCCAUGGUUCAGUGGCCCUGUACGACAUCCGGACUGGAAAAUGUCAGACAAUCCACGGACACAAGGGACCAAUCACUGCAGUGGCCUUUGCUCCCGAUGGACGAUAUCUUGCCACCUACUCAAACACUGACAGCCACAUUUCCUUCUGGCAGAUGAACACGUCCCUGCUGGGAAGCAUCGGCAUGCUGAACUCGGCGCCCCAGCUGCGCUGCAUCAAAACCUACCAGGUGCCCCCCGUGCAGCCCGCGUCCCCUGGCUCCCACAACGCCCUCAGACUGGCCCGGCUCAUCUGGACGUCCAACCGCAAUGUCAUCCUCAUGGCCCAUGACGGGAAGGAGCACCGCUUUAUGGUCUAAGGGCAUUCUGCCAGGCUGCCCUUCAGUUCUCUAACUUCUCUAAGCCGAGGUCACUCUGCCCUCACAGUGGAUCCUUCCUCGGGGCUGCCCACCCAGAGUCACCCGGGCCGCAGGGUCUGUGUCACUUGUGCAUGCUUCUCAGGGGCAGACUCCGGCUCGUGCCACCUACCCAUUCAGGGGCAUGCACACACCACUCUGCAGGAUGUGGCCAUCCUGUCACUGGGGAGUUUCCCUGCCAGAGAUGGGAAGGGAAGCCAGCGGUUCCCGGGAACGCUCUUGUUGCUUGGUGCAACAGAAGCCCAAAAAUCAAUACACACUGUGAUUGCACUCCCAGCCCAGAUCAGCAUUUUCAGCCAUCUAAACCCCAUCUCUGAAGUGCCGCUUGACUCCGGUCACUCUGACGCUGGGUGUUGAGGUCAUGUGGCAGUCCUCAUUAUCGAAAUUACUUCCCCUGGCGCUUCCUAAAGCAUACUGUUGUUUACCAA